AAGGAUUUCCUCGCCAUUUCAGAUAAGUUAUGAACGUUCCAAAGAUUUUAAUUAUUUUCUCUGUCUUUGGCUACAUCAAAUCCGAGGAUGAUGCGGAAACAGUUGAAAAUUGCUCCGAAGAUAUUCGGGCAUUACGAAUGGAGUUAGCAACACUGCGAGGAGAGGUCUUAAAUCAGAAAGAGGAAAUCAAAGAACUCAGAAAGGAAUUGGCAAGAAAACCUGACAGGAGCGAGUGUUUGCAAACUGUUAAUGCUGCAGAAAAUUUUAAAGAGUCGGUCCAAACUCCGAGUGAAAUCCUCAAAUCCCCUAAAACGGACGAAGGUUCGCGUAAAUCUCCAAAAAACCAUGACCGAUCGAGAAUAAGUCGAUCAUUAAUCAAUCCAGCACCAAGAAGUUCACAGUCAGCAGGCAUUUUACCAAGAAUAGCUUUCCAUGCCAAUUCUCCAACUGAUAACACAAACCUUGCUGUUCAUCAAAACCUGAACUUUGGAAACGUUAUCUCUAACGUAGGAAACAAAUAUCACCAUGCGACAGGAAUCUUUAUUCCCGACGUUUCCGGAAUGUACGUGUUCUACGUGCAAAUAAUUUCAUGCAGUAAUGGACAUGAGGUUAAAACUGAAAUUAUAGUAGAAGGUGUCAGUAAAGGUGGCCACUACGCAUACAGUCCUACAGGUUGCGCAAAUGGAGGGGGGAUGACCAUCGUCCACGUUAAUGCAGGAGACUCCGUCUGGGUUCGACUCUCAGUAUCAGAUGGAACGAAUCACUUUGGUUGGGAGAGCAGCUUUUCUGGAUUUUUGUUGUAUGCCGAUGAAUAAAAUCGAAUGGA